GGGCUUUGUUACGCAACUGCGAGCUGUUGGGUGUUGGACGACCCGUUUCAAAGAUGCCACCCAAGGGAAAGACCGGUUCUGGAAAAGGGAAAGGAGGAGCAGCCUCUGGAAGUGACAAUUCUGACAAGAAGGCUCAGGGUCCCAAAGGUGGUGGCAAUGCAGUAAAGGGCGACUUGGGUUGGAUGACCAGAGGGUCCAUGGUUGGACCUUUUCAAGAAGCAGCAUUUGCCUUGCCUGUAAGUGGGAUGGAUAAACCUGUGUUUACAGACCCACCAGUUAAGACAAAAUUUGGAUAUCAUAUUAUUAUGAUUGAAGGGAGAAAAUAAAUCAUAUGAAAGACUGA